UGAUUUUUUUUUUUUUUUUUUUUUUUUGACAUUUUUCAGCUUUCAGCUUCGACAGUGCGUUUUCCUCCGGCUAACCCCGGCCACCCCCUGGUGUCUGCCACCUUGUUUUGUUGCCGGAGCAGAACUUGUGCCAACAGUUUACCCCCCGAUAAGCCAGUGGCCUUUCUGCCAGCAGUUUCCGGUGUGUUUGUGAUUCUGCUAACUCUGAACAGGAAGACGUCUGCGCUGUGAGAGGAAACUCUUGUGGCUUGUUCAUCAUCCUCAGAAUGACAGAGUUCUGGGUUUGUUUCAGCUGCUGUAUUGCAGAGCAGCCGCAACCAAAACGGCGGCGACGAAUCGACCGCUCUAUGAUUGGAGAGCCAACAAACUUUGUUCACACCACACAUGUAGGCUCAGGGGACAUGGGCCUGGGAGUAGCAGCAGUGGACCUUGUUCAGGCACAAAUGAAAUCUAAAGGAGGCUACUCGCACGGAGGCUCAGAAGGCUCUCAGUUAUAAAGAGAUUUCCCAUCUUGUUAAAACUACUGUUGAUAUGAGGAACAUUUUUUGGAAGACAAAAGGCAGUUCUGCCUAUAAUGGACACAGGACCAAAAGAUGAAACUACCGCUUCUCCAUGCUGUUGUAUAUAUUUUAUUUUUCAUUCUUUUUUUUUUUUUUUAUUAAAGCACUGCUACUCAUUUGCUGCCAUACUGUUGCACUGUAAAGAAUAAAUGUUAGGAGUAGAUCCGCAGGUUUAGAUAGCUUAGAUGUAUGCUUGUGUGUAUGCAAGAGCAAACAAACAAAUCAUUGCUGUUGUAGCCUGUUGGAUGCCUGUAAUUUAUUGUAUGAUUUGUAAAACGGACCUCAUGGUGGCUGGGCCACACUGCAGAGUGAAACGUUUGGUUUCCUUCCUAGUUCUCCUCAGAGGUUAACCCAAGAGCAGGUGGAGGUAGCGACGCAAAAAAAUAAUCACAUUCUGAGAAUUUCCUUUGAUUCUCUUAGUUGCUUUUCAGGGUUGGAGAUUGCUGUUUUGUUCUAAACUUGAAACGAGUGGAUACACUGGACCGUUUGUUGUACACCCUCACUUGGCUUAGGAAUUUCUCCUUGAAUAUAACCAUGAUUUUAAUAGAUUUAAUGAAAAAGAAACAUAGAAUUUGAAACUAUAAAGGUCCUAAUUUGCCUACCAAAGUCAUGAUUUCUUUUGUUUAAAAUGUUUGUUUGGAAGCCUGUUGCAAAUACUGAGCUUUGCAUUUUACAAAAAAUGUAUCUUUUAAAUGCUUAUUUUUUAUUUGCUGACCAAAAAUUGGAACUUGGCUUAACCAGAUCACAAGUGCAAACUCUCUUUCAAAUGUGGGUUUAAUUUAAUGCAGUUGGCAAAAUUCACACACUUAUUCAUGACUGGUUUAAAGCGGAUUGUAUCUUCACCAGCACAUCUUCCAGUUUAAUCGUUUUAGCUUUUGUCCUUUUGCUCACAUGA